GUUGCCACAGCUCAGGGUUUUACACUGUUCAAAGUGUCGCACUCUAGUUCCGAGUUCUGAGCUCGAACUUCCGAGGGUUUUGCUGAAAUCAAUCGAUCGUUCCGAGGUACCCUCUUUUUCGAACUUCUGAAUUUCAUGAAAUCGGCCGAUCCUUCUAAAGAUCCAAGAAGAAAGAAGAAAAUCAAUAGCUAACCGUAGUUCAGAAUCUAGAGCAAGGAAGAAAGUUUGAUAAUGGCAUAUAGAGGGAAGGAGAUGAUGAAGAAGGUGCUGAAAAAGGUUGGAGAGAACAAUUUGACUCCUGGAGUUAAGGAAUCUCUCAAGAAAUCCAUACCUGAUAGCAAGGUCGUUAUGGGUCGAGCCAAGCGUGGCCUUUUUGCCGGCCGCCAUAUCCAGUUUGGCAAUCGCAUCAGUGAAGAUGGUGGUAACAAGACAAGGAGGACUUGGAAGCCAAAUGUACAGGAGAAGAGGCUGUUUAGCUACAUUCUAGACCGCCACAUUAGAGUCAAAGUUACUACUCACGCCCUUCGUUGCAUAGACAAGGCAGGAGGUAUUGAUGAGUACCUGCUGAAGACUCCAUUUCAGAAAAUGGACACAGAAAUGGGCCUCCUCUGGAAAGCUAAGAUUGAAAAGAUGUAUGAGGAGCUUGGGAAGAUGGAGGUAGCCUUCUUUUCACCUGAAGAUGAAGCCAAGUUUGAGCAGGGUUUCAAAGAUUUAAAACUAUCCGAGCGGGAGGCUCGUAAGCAGUUCAGACAACAGAUGUACGCCACCAUUGCCAAACAGAAGCAAGCUGAGGAGGGAAGAAGCUAUAUUAGUUUCGUCUUAGCAAGUUCUGAUGAUUAUCCCGAUAAGGUAGUGGCUAACUAUUGAGUUUAAACCUCGUUAAUUAGCCUGGGGAUGUUGCUCAAAUUUUAGCCUAUUUUGAAGGUUCUGUUUUGUUCUGCUGUAAUGCCCUUGGAGGAAUUGAACUUGCCAAUCGAGCUAGCUGUGGCAAACUUUUUUAUUGUCUUAUUUUAUGUUUGUAUUUUAUUACUAAUUAAUAGAAGGGUAUUUUCUAAUCAAAAUAAUAAUGAAAUUCAAGUAGAUAGUUCCAUGUU